AUGGCGACUGGUUUGUUACGCAGAGGUAUUUUCAAGGUUCCGACGUCGUCGUCGGCGACGGCGAGGGCUAAGCUUUUGCUUUUCCGAUCUCAUGCUUCCGAGUCCCAUGGUCAACAAUCGGAGUCCACCUCCCGAUCCACAAAAAACCUCAAAAACUUCCAAAUCUACCGUUGGAAUCCCGAUAAUCCCGGUAAACCGGAGCUACGAAACUACGAGAUCGAUCUCAAGGAGUGUGGACCGAUGGUUCUCGACGCACUGAUCAAAAUAAAAAACGAAAUCGAUCCAACCCUAACUUUUCGUCGGUCGUGUCGCGAGGGAAUCUGCGGAUCGUGUGCUAUGAAUAUCGAUGGAUGUAACGGAUUGGCGUGUUUGACGAAGAUUCCGACGUCGGAGGAGACGACGACGACGACGAUGGUUACUCCUUUGCCGCAUAUGUAUGUGAUUAAGGAUCUGGUGGUGGAUAUGACGAAUUUCUAUAAUCAGUAUAAGAGUAUUGAGCCGUGGUUGAAGCGUAAGUCUCCGGCGCCGGCGAGUUGGGAAGGGAAAGAGAUUCGUCAGAGUAAGAAGGAUCGAGCGAAACUGGAUGGAAUGUAUGAAUGCAUAUUGUGUGCUUGCUGUAGCACUUCAUGCCCUAGCUAUUGGUGGAAUCCUGAAUCUUACCUUGGACCAGCUGCUCUUCUCCAUGCCAACAGGUGGAUAAUGGACAGUCGUGAUGAGUAUACAAAGGAACGUCUAGAUGCAGUAAAUGAUGAAUUCAAGUUGUAUCGUUGUCACACGAUUUUGAAUUGUGCUCGUGCGUGCCCGAAGGGAUUGAACCCUGGAAAGCAAAUCCAAAACAUCAAGAGUCUUCAAAGCUAAUUGGCAACAAUUCAUCGUUUUCUUAUCAUUGUUUAUAUUUGAAGAUCUUAUUAACUUUUGUUGUUUGUUUGUUAAUAAUAAUUGGUGGUCGUGUUCGUAUCAGGUUGUUAUGCUGUAAUAAAUAAAAUUUGUG